UUUCCUGUCAAAAAGGUCACUUUAGACGUGUCGUGUGCAUUUGAGCAAUAACAGCGGAAAAGUUUUUUUCUUUCUUUGUCUCGUCUUGCAAGUAAUUCACUUCAUUUAACUUGUUUAGUCGUUUGCGCUCUCUGUACGCGCUGCUGGUUUGCUAUUGUGCUCUGCAAAUAUUAUUUUUUUUUUAAUUUCCAUCGAAGCAAAUGAAAAAUAAAUUGAAGCGAUACUGAUACAUGUACAAAAUAGUUUAAAAGUGCACGUAAUCAAACACUCUAUUGUUCAAAUUGGUUUAUAAUUUUUCGGGCGUUUAAAUAGGCAGUUUUGUUUGUUUUAAAAAGCUUAUAAGAACACCGAUUUCGAUAUAAAAAAAAGGAAGCGAAAACCAUCAAAUAUGUCAAUUGAAAUGCAAAAGAGUCCUUUAACCGAUUUAUUGACCGAAAAUGGUUUAAUUGUAAUCGAUGGUGGAAUGGGAAGUGAGCUUGAAGUGCGAGGAUGUACGCUAAAUGAUAAAUUAUGGUCGGCAAAAGUGCUUGUUGAAAAUCCCGACUUAAUCUAUCAAGUGCAUUUGGAUUAUUUUCGUGUUGGUGCCGAUCUAGCGAUAACUUCCAGCUAUCAAGCGUCAGUGGAUGGUUUUGCACGGCGUGGCAUUGAUAAAACACAAGCAUUGGCAUUGAUUUCAAAGAGUGUUACAUUGGCAAAGCAAGCGCGUACCGAUUAUUUAAAUGAAAUAAAAUGUUCAAAAAAAUUAUUGAUUGCCGGUUCGGUUGGUCCAUAUGCCACACUCUUGGCCGAUGGUUCUGAAUACCGUGGCGACUAUCAAGUGUCACACACCGAAUAUGCUGCAUUUCAUCGGCCACGUGUACAGGCAUUGGUUGAUGCGGACAUUGAUUUUUUAUGCUUUGAAACGAUACCAACGAUAUCGGAGGUCGAAUCACAAUUACUACUCUUAGCCGAAUUUCCAACGAUGACCGCAUAUUUUUCAUUUAGUUUACGUGAUUCGGAGCAUAUAUGCGAUGGUACACCAUUAUCAACUGUUGUCAAAAUGGUAAAUGCACAGCCACAAGUUGUGGCGAUUGGAGUGAAUUGCAUUGCAUUGGAAAAUGUAAGCGCAGCACUGACCACACUCAAAUUUUUAACCGAUAAACCAUUGUUGGUUUAUCCAAAUUCCGGUGAGAAAUACGAUCCAGUUACAAAAACUUGGCUUAGCAAAACCAAUACACAGUCAUUGGUCGAUUAUAUUGAUGAAUGGAUUGCAUUGGGUGCUAAAAUGAUUGGCGGAUGUUGCCGAACGGGCCCACAGGAUAUCGCACAAAUUGCCGAUAAAUUGAAGAUUGAAAGCAAUUGAGGCAACACCAAACCAAUUUACAUAGCUACAGAGUGACAGCCAAUUUUCAAGUGGCCAAUUGAUUGCACCGUCUCGCACAACGCUCUCUCUCUCUCUCUAAUUUAAUGUAUAACAUUUUUCUACACUCAAUUUCUAUUCACAACAACAACAACAACAACGGCAACAACAAAAUCCCGAAAAAACUUAUCAAUCUAAGACAGAAAUACAAGCAAGAUUCUUUUAAAAACAAAUAUACACAUCACAUAUAAAUACGACGUAAAUAUUAAAAUAUCAAAGCUAUAAUUGUACAUUGAGCUAAAAAUACAUAUAUAUAUUUUAUACAUUCAGUUUACGCUAAUAUA